ACAAUCGCAGCAGUGCGAUGUGGAUGUGCGGUAGGACUUCAGUCAGGCCUCCAAGUUAUUUCUAAUUAGACUGUAAACGAUCGGUGUUUGUGUCUGGCAUACAUUAAUACGCCUACUACAAGCUAACGGUCACUGUUCGUAGGUUAGCUAACGAACGACUUUAUUGUGUCGCAGCUAACGUGAAGUUAGCUAGAAUGCUAACACGAUGUUCAACCCAUUAGCCGGGUUAGCAGAUGAGCGAACAUCCAUGUACACUCAGUCCCAGAACAGCGUGUACAAAACCGGCGAUAAAACCAGCCCUAUUAGCGUCAUACUGGUUAGCUCUGGCAGCCGAGGGAACAAACUGCUCUUUCGAUACCCUUUCCAAAGAGUGGCUGAAUGCCCGUCAUCUCUUACAGCAAAACAACGAAGUCCAUAUGCUCUGAACACAGCCGGGGAUAGUCUUGAAGAUCAGGAUGGUGAUUCAAGAGAACAAUCUCCACUAACUGACGAACAGUUGGUAGCAGGGUUCUCUGACAUCAUCCUCGCCACCAUUCUGGCCACCAAAUCUGAUAUGUGUGGGAAAAAGUUUGAACUGAAGAUAGACAAUGUUCGAUUUGUGGGUCAUCCGACUCUCCUUCAGCAUCCUCCCAUCAUUCAGGUUUCUAAAACGGAUCCUUCACCGAAGAGAGAAAUGCCUACGAUGAUCUUGUUUAGUAUGGUGUUUGCACUAAGGGCAAAUGCUGACCCGUCCGUCAUCAGCUGCAUGCACAACUUGUCACGCCGCAUCGCCAUAGCCCUGCAGCACGAAGAGCGGCGCUGCCAGUACCUGACCAGAGAGGCCAAACUGAUGCUGGCCGUCCAGGAUGAGAUUACCACCAUGACUGAGACCGAUGGAAGCCCCCAGUCCCCAUUUAGACAAAUUCUUCCCAAAUGUAAACUAGCCAGGGACCUGAAGGAGGCUUAUGACAGCCUUUGUACAACUGGCGUGGUGCGACUACAUAUUAACAACUGGCUCGAGGUGAGCUUCUGUUUACCACACAAGAUCCACAGGAUUGGUGGCACCUAUAUCCCCCCUGAGGCAUUAGAGCGCAGCCUCAAGGCUAUAAGACCCUAUCAUGCCCUGCUGCUGCUGGAAAGUGAGAAGGCACUGCUGAGCCAGCUUCCUCUGGACUGCUCGCCUGCAAUGGUGCGCCUCAUCAAAACCUGCUCAGCGGUAAAAAACCUGCAGCAGCUCGCACAGGAUGCUGACCUGGCCUUACUUCAGAUCUUUCAAAUUGCUGCUCACUUGGUUUAUUGGGGCAAAGCGAUCAUCAUCUACCCGCUGUGUGAGAACAACGUCUACAUGCUGUCUCCUCAUGCCAACAUCUGCCUAUACUCACCAUUGGCUGAACAGUUUGCCCAGCAGUUUCCUGGACACGAUCUGCCCUCCAUGCUAGCCAAGUUCUCACUGCCUGUCUCACUGGCCGAGUUCAGAAGCCCCCUAGAAGCUCCUGCACAGGAGGCCCAGCUGAUCCAGAUGGUGGUGUGGAUGCUCCAGCGCCGCCUGCUGAUCCAGUUGCACACAUACGUCUGCCUGCUGGUACUACCCAGCGAGGAUGAGCCCGGGUUGAGGGAUGAAGACCCUCCGCUGGCUCCCCGAGUAGGAGGCCGCAGUCUCAGCACCCCUAGCGCUCUCAGCUUUGGCUCCCCAACCAGCAGUGAUGACAUGACCCUCACUAGUCCCAGUAUGGACAACUCCAGUGCAGAGCUACUGCCUGGUGGGGACUCUCCGCUUAACAAGAGGAUGACAGAGACGCUGCUUGCCAGCCUGUCGGAGCACGAGAGGCAGGUUAUUCUUAACAUCCCUGCUGCACAAAAUCCAGAGGAUCUGCGGAUGUUUGCCAGGCUGCUGCACUAUUUCCGGGGACAUCACCACCUGGAAGAGAUUAUGUACAAUGAGAACAUGAGACGCUCGCAGCUCAAGACGCUGUUUGACAAGUUCCGCAGUGUCCUUGUGGUGACAAACCAUGAGGAUCCCAUUAUUUCAAUCUUUCAGUCACCCAUGGAGUAGUGGCACAGAGACGGUAUCAGCUCUCAUCAACUGGAAAAGAUGUCUGUUUGAGAGCAGCUAAUAGCCUGCUGUGCUCUCAGCUAAGUGCUAUUGCUCAACAGUGUUCUUUUAAUACGAACUGACACAAUGAUUGCAAAAAUGAGUGCCGAUUUACAAAAUGUAGAAAGUGUUGCUUCCCUUAUGAGCCAAAUGUUUGUUUACAAUAUUAAAUUAUUUUGUACAUACCUGAAAUGCCUCAAGCGUUUACUCUGCAUAUUGGAACUAUUGGUAUUGGGGAGGGGGGUUAACUUUGUAUCACAGAUGUUAGAUCAGCUGCACUUACAACAGAUGGGCACACUUUGUAAUGAUCAUUCCAGAUCUUCAUCUACCUCUCCUCAGGAAUCCCAGAGGUGGGGAACAUCAAGAGGUUAUUUUGCUUUGAGAGAAGCAGAGCUUUCCAAACAUCUGUGAAAUCACUGAGUAUGACUUUCUUAAAAAACGGACGAAAGACCUAAACAAAAAAGAUUUGAGUGAGAAAAGGUACGUUACAGAAUAAAACAUUUUUAUAGACCGAUAAAUUGAGUCUUACUCUAGUUGACUUAAACUCUAAUCUGUUAGUUUUGAGUAUAACUUUUCAUCAGUACCAUAAAUACACUGUUAAAAAUCAGUUGCAGUUUACAAAAUGAAUGAGAAACAUCUUGCAUAAUUUAUGCAGAUUAGAAUUUAGAUAUUCAACCAGUCAAGAAUGUUAUUCUACCAUCCUGACUUUCUUCUUUUUUUCUUGAGUUUUUAUCCUGCCUAAAUGGAGAAGUCCACAGAGGGAACAGAUGGCAGAGUAGUUCCAGGAUAUUUCUGUUACGCCCUCUUGACUUUGUGCUGUCCUGUGUCAGACUGCACAUCUGAGGGACCUAAAUUGUUCAUUACAUUUCCAGACUGUCUUUCUGCCUCUUUAUUCACUACGCUAACACAGUGGUGCCCACGAAGAUAAAACCGCCAGGGCUUCUUGGCCCAUUCCCUGUGAGAUUCAAUUCCAAUGCGUGGUGCUGAUACUAUAUCGUGGGGUUCUGCUGGAUUUGUGUCGGGCUCCCUCUCCAGCCACACGUCUGGGUCUGAGGCAAGGUCUCGACGAUCAAAACAGCGGGGUAUAUUUAGAGCUUGGCACAGCUUGGAAGGCCCGUUGCAGAGCUCUUUGUCCUUGAGUUGUCGGGCUCCCUCUUUGCGUCUGGCUGUCCUCAGCUGCCUCAUGAGGGGCUGACCCUGCAGGGGCUCCAGGGAGCGCAGCAGCACGGCAGCACCCUCCCCUGGGGAUACAGCACACAAUAUGCAUCAGUCAGCAAGGCUCCACUCUGUCUCCUUCCUUUUGCCCUUUAUCCACUGAUGAUAAAAAACACUGCUGUAUUGAUAUAGUGUCAUAUUAAUAAUAGAACACUUGGAAGGGGACAGAUUGAACCAAAAAGGGCAUUUAUAUAAUGUGUCUGUU